AACAGAUCUGAACCGAACAGCUGUCAUCGACAUUUGUCAGAAAAAACGAACACUGAACAAUUGAAAAAAAAAACAACACUAUUCGGUCUAAACUGAAUGUCAGUUUUCAUGAGCUUAGUUUCUAUUUUUUUUUUUCGUUUGACUUAAAAUUCUCUAGCUCAUUAUCGAGUUAAAGGGAUAGCAGAUUUUGUUUCAAAAACCGAAAGAAAAAAAAAUCAUUGCCGAUGCUCCGAUUGCGUUAGUAAAUAAGUUUUCGGAUUUACGUAAACAAUCCGCUUCAAUUGGAUGGUGCAUGUAUUUAUGUGAGAGAAAAAAUAAAUAUCACAAGAGUGUCUUCAAUGGUGCAAUAUUUUCAACCGUUUUAUCCAAAUCAAUCGAAUCGGAUUUGGAGCGUCGGUCCUGCCAUUUGAUUUUCAGACGAAUGCUGUUGCAGCAAUUUUGUUGAAUAUUUCAAUUUUGAUUGGAAAAAUUACACGCCGAAUAAGUAGCGUUAACGCUGGCCUACAUUGAUCAAAUUGCGUUGAACUUGACGUUUUCGGACGGUGUGUGUUUGUCGGAUUUAUUGGGUUCGCAAACGUAGUUUAUUGGUGUAUGAAUGAGAAACGAAAGAACGGGAAUUUGUGAAGGAUGGCUAAAGUGUGGUCGUAUUUCUUUGUUAUGCUAUGGGUAUUCUUCAUCAUUUCCAGCGGAAUUUAUUUGUUUUCACGUGGAUUUUUGCUAUCACGACGCGUUCGCACCGAAUAUAAUGAAUGUAUUAGGCUGAAACCGUGCGAUUUCGAUGAAUCAGAGGAGCCAAAUUGCUUGAAUCGUCGCAAAGUUGAAGAGAUUUUCACCGACGUCAAUUCGUCAUCGGAUUAUUGUUUGCCGAGAAAAACACGAAUCAUUUUAAUCGUUAUCGAUGCAUUGAAGUAUGAUUUCGGUCUAUUUGAUAAGAAUAAAGAGAAUGCUUUGCCAUAUGAAAAUAAACUGCCGGUUUUUCAUAAUAUUCUAACAAUGUACCCGCACAAUGCUCGAUUCAUGAAGUUAGUUGCUGAUGCACCGACAACGACGCUGCAACGAUUGAAAGGCAUCACGACCGGAAGUUUGCCUACGUUCAUUGAUGUCGGCUCGAAUUUCGCAACGGCCGAAAUCAAUGAAGACAACAUUAUCGAUCAGAUCAAUCGAAAUAACCUGUCUUCAGUGUUUCUCGGCGAUAGCACGUGGACGGAUUUGUAUCCGAAACGAUUUUUGCGUCAAUAUUCGCACCCUAGUUUUGAUAUAUUCGAUUUGGAUACCGUUGACAAUGCGAUCAAUCAGGAACUGCCCAAAGAGCUGCAAAAGGACGACUGGUCGUUGCUCAUCGCACAUUAUUUGGGGGUAGAUCAUUGUGGUCACAAAUUUGGUCCAUUGCAUACGGAAAUGGCGCGAAAAUUGGGCGAAAUGAACACAAUGAUUGAGAAAGUCAUCGAUCAAAUGGAUGAUGAGACAACAUUAUUUGUGAUCGGUGACCAUGGCAUGACAAAUACAGGUGAUCACGGCGGUGAUACCCAAGACGAAGUCAACUCAAUGAUUUUCACCUAUUCGAAAAAGUACAAGUUUUUAACGGAAAGCGGAAAUGAUACUAUGGAUCAGAUUGACCUACCACCGACCAUAGCGGCAAUUUUGGGCGUACCAAUUCCAUUUUCGAAUUUGGGUGCAACGAAUUUUGACAUUGUGCCCGAUGUGCUGCUACCAAAUUUAAAUAAGUGGCAAACACAAAUCCUGCACACAUGGCAGAAUACGAAACAAAUGCAUCUGUAUUUCCAUAGUUAUGCGGGUAGCGACGGCGAUGAAAUCCCAACGAAACUGCUCGACAGUUAUCUGUCACAAUUCCACAUAUUUUCACUUCGUAUCGCUGCAUUGUACAAAGAAGAUGCGAUGGAUAGUUUUUGUCAGGAUGUUCGAAACUAUUUGAAAGGCAUUGCAAAUGAUUGCCGAGAGAUUUGGGCUCAGUUCGAUGCAAAUUUAAUAUCGCAGGGUCUCAUUUUAACGGCAGUCACCACAUUUUUCCUCUUUCUGCUCACCACAAAUUUAAAAUUUACUCAAUUCGAAUUGAUUUUCACGCAACUAAAUUUGGUGAUUAUUUAUGUAACGAAUAUUUUGCUGAUGAUCGGAACGCCCGUCGUGCACUAUGUGCUCGAAUGGGAAUGGAGUAUAAUUGAUGUGCUUCGCUAUACGAGUAUUUAUGGUGUUGCACUGUUGGCAUUUUUGCUGGUACAAAACUGGGAUUUUAUUGCGGCCAAUUGGAGUACACAGCAGCAUUUUUGCAAUUUAUUUACUCGCUCCAUAUUCAUUGUCGCUGUCAGCACAUUCUUUUCGAAUAGUUACAUCGUUUACGAGCAAAAAGUGCUCUGCUAUUUGCUGUGUGGCGCGUUGACCGUAUUCUUGUAUAAGGUUCGCAAGGAAUACACAUGGUUGGCGCGAAUGCGCAAACUACGUCCCGAGCUCAUAUUCCAUUCGUCAUUUUUCAAACUGGCCAUAUUCACCGUUGUGACUAUACUACUGUUGCGUAUAUCGUACAACUUGCAUCGAUGCCGCGAAGAGCAGGGCAAUUGCAACGAUUUCAAAUCGGAAACGGUAGGCAAUUUACAGACAGCACGGCACAAACCGCUAAAAAGCAGCACAAUAAAUUGGGUGGAUUUGUUGCCAAUUUUAACAUUGGCACUGUUUGCCGCAUUUUCACGCUUAUUCUUGAAAAAGUGUGGAAAUCUAAGCGGUUUCUCACCACACGUACUACUCGCCCGAUAUGGACCGAUCGUUGCGGCGGUUGCAUGUAGUUUGCAUUUCUUCACCGCGCUCACGGUGAAAUCGGUGCGCGGCAUUAAUCAGGUUCGCAUCGAUGCUUUGGCUUGGAUCGUAUAUAUUGUAUUCAUUUUGCAAAUGAUAAUUGUCGCAACACGACCAUUGAUGCUAUUCAUUUUGCAAAAACCGAAUCGUACAUUCAACGUGUCACCAUUCGGUUGUGUUGUUCCGCAAAUUGUCAUGAAAAUGAAGAAAAUGUACGACAGCAUCGGAACAACCGACGAUGAAGAGACCACAAACGAUGAUAUUCCGAUUGUAUACGGUUUGGCAACGGUUUAUUCGUCCAUUUUAUGCUCAAUUUGCGUUGGUUUCACAUUCGUACUUGCACUUUUAUUAGGUCCAGUAGCUUCCAAUGGCAUUUUCAUUGUAAUCGUUGCUGCCGCACUCAUUUUAGUAUUAAACGCAAUCCAUCGAUAUCAACGCUGCACUCGAUUAGCAUUCUGCUUACAACCCGAAGUGAUCGCUCUAGUCUCAUGGCAUUUAUUAGCACACUAUAGUUUUUAUGCGACCGUACAUCAACCGACUCUGUCACAAAUCGAUUGGCAUGCAGCAUUCGUUGGCCGAACGGCAAUGUACGAUCACAACAAAGUCAUUUCGGCCAUUUUAGUUAUACUCAACACAUUCGGUGGACACUUUUUGAUUUGUGCAUUGUAUCCGCUGUUGGUGAUUACACCAAAUGCUCUAUACACAAUUUAUCCAUCGUUGGCACCAAGACGCACAGCAAAACUGGUGAUUAAAAAUCAAAAUGGCACAAAACAACGUGAAAUUGUGAAGAAAAUCACCGACGAUUUGGAUAAUGGUGCGGUGAAUGUGACCACAUUUGCCGGUUUGGACAGUGAAAAUGAACAUUUGGAUAUUCCACACGGUGAAUUGGCACUGUACGAAAACGAAGAUCUAUUCUUCGGCCAAUUGUACAAAACUGGAACGCAGCUGGUCAUACUGCAGUCAAUACGAAUAUUCUGUUCGAUGAUCGCGUGCACGAUUCAUUGCCGCCAUUUAAUGGUAUGGAAAAUAUUUGCACCACGUUUCAUAUUCGAGGGGAUUGCAACGUUUGUCAUAUUUGCAGCGAUACUCAUCGGAUUCUUAGUUAUAAUUCGAAUACACAAAGCCGUUAGUCAUUUAAUUUCCGUGAUGAGUGAUGCCAAUCAAUAGAAUUAUUAUAUACCAUUUUGAUAGAAACAAUUGGAUUCCUCCGAAUUAUAUUCAUGUGUUUCUCUCUCUCUCUCUCUCUCUCUUUCCUUUAAUGUUGCGUUGUCUCAAUCCGAGCUCAUAGAUUUAUAUGUACAAUUUUAUUGCUGCAAAUAACUUACGUGCUUCGAUUGUCUAAUUUGUAGAUUUUAUUUUCGUCCAUUUAUUUAAGUAAGUUUAAAUGAAGAAAAACUAAACGAAGAAGAAAGAAAUCCAUCGUGUUUAACUUAUUGUAGUUAAUAAGAGCAGUAUUAUUGUAAAACGAACACUCUGCGAAACAAGGGAAAAAAAACCUGAACAAUCAACUGUAGUAAAUGUCAUUCUCAUUUGUUUUUUCUCUCGAAAAUCGUUGUUGUUCUUCUUUUGGCAUGUCUGUCUUCGAAACAAGCACUAACACGAUACUCCUUUUGUUUUAUAAAAGGAUUGUUAUUAAUAUAAUAAUGAUGAUGCAAUAAAAAGUUAAUCGUUACCAAAAACAAAUUACAAGUAUCGUAAACAAUUGUAAAGAAAAAUUUCAAAACGAUUUUAGGAUGAUAAAUAAAUUCGUACGAAAUAAAAACUA